AAUAUAUAUAUCAUAAACUUGAAUAACGAUCAUUUAAAUCACUAUACUUAACUAGCACAGGAUAUAUCAUGCACGUUUAUUUAAUACCUUUCAUGUUAUGUUGUUUACAAAUGUACUCCAGUGGUCAAGUGUUUGAUGGAGAGUUUACAGGUCAAGUUGUAAUAAACACAACCAAUUCCGAUGGGUUUGUUGAAAGAUUUACAAAGAAACAUGAUGGAUAUACGUUUCAAAGGAGGUUUCAGAUAGGAACACAUGAGUACUUUGUAUUUGAAAUAAAUGAAACACAGCGCACACGUAAAACCAGCAAGCAGACAGAAGACUCCGACAUUAAAAACUUAAAACUUGAUUUAGAGUUGGAUUUUGUAAAGCAAGAAAAAAGAUUCCUCCGAGUACCGAAGACAGCAGACACCCAAUGGUCUAAUCUGUGGCACUUGAAUGAUGCAGUAUCACCUUCAAUGAAGGUCAAUGAAGCUUGGAAUGCUGGGUAUUCAGGAAGUGGAAUAAAAGUUGCUAUCCUUGACGACGGUUUACAGACCGACCAUACUGACCUGAACGCAAAUGUGGACACAGUUAACGAUUACGACUAUCAAGGUACGGAUGAUGAUCCGACACCAGAGUCUGGAGACGACAGUCAUGGUACGAAAGUUGCCGGUUUUAUAGCUGCAGAAAAGGAUAACAAUGACUGCACAGUAGGAAUAGCAUAUGCGUCUACUAUAAUUGGUGUUCGAAUUCUUGGUUCUCGUGGAUUAACAGAUUCAGAAGAAGCACAGGCUCUCAAUCAUCAUCUUAGCGGUGUAGAUAUUUAUUCCAACAGCUGGGGCCCUCCUGAUGGAUAUGGAUUUUCUGGACCAGACACACUAACUCAAAGCGCACUUCAAGACGGAACUACUAAUGGUAGAGGUGGCAAAGGUGUAAUUUAUACAUGGGCAUCAGGCAAUGGACGAACAAUUGAUAAUUGUAAUGGAGACGGAUAUACAAAUAGCAUAUAUACUAUAGGCGUAACAAGUGUUGAAGAAGGAAAGAAUGCAUGGUACUCUGAAGUCUGUGCUGCUGCAUUAGUGGCAACCUACGGUGGGAGUAGCAACGACAGAUAUUUGACGUCAACUACAACUUCUUCCGGAUGUACAAGUGAUCGUAUGGAGGGAACUUCGUUUUCAACACCUAUUGCUUCUGGUAUCAUUGCGUUAGCCCUCCAAGCAAAUUCUGCUCUCACAUGGAGAGAUAUACAGCACAUGAUUGUUUUGACGUCAUCCAGAAAUGGUUUUACAGAUUCAUAUUCCAGCUGGGCAACAAAUGGAGCUGGAAAAGAAUAUAGUCAGGUACUUGGAUUCGGUUUGAUGAACGCUGAAGGCAUGGUAACUCAGGCUGCAAGUUGGACAAACGUUCCGACACAACAAACAUGCACAACAUCAACAUUCACUGGAUCUGGAUCAACAUCGGGAGGUUCAUCAUACAGAACAGACAGUAAAUCGAUCUCUAGUUCCGACUGUUCCUCAAUAUCUUAUUUAGAACAUGUGACAAUUGAUAUAUCUUUCUCCUAUACUCGAUACCGAGGUGUGACUGAAUUUAACCUAGUGUCACCCUCAGGAACAGAGAGCAAUUUAAUGCAUUAUAGAAAUGAGGAUGCUAAUCGUUUUUUCUCAGCUGGUUCAUUAUCAUGGACAUUUAUGUCAGUUCAUUUUUGGAGAGAAAGUCCCAUUGGACAAUGGACAUUGAAGUUUAAAUCAUACGGUGGCUACUCAGUCGUUACUGUCGAUUCUUGGUCGAUGACGUUUUACGGAACUGCAACAGACCCUCUUCCUAAUAUAGACCAAUGUACAUCAACACCAUGUCAGAACAACGGUACUUGUACAAAUAACGUUUAUUCCUACAGUUGUGAGUGCCCUGAUGGUUAUUCAGGGACAAGCUGUCAGACCAGUUCAACUGCUGAUGAUGAUUCAAGUUCUUCAACUGUAGCAAUAGCAGUGGGUGUUAUUGUUGGUGUAGUUGUGGUUGUUGUCAUCAUAGGUGUUGUUGUAAAGUCCGUUGCAGCUGGAGCAGUAGUGGGUCCUGCCGCCGGUGGUACAUUUGCAUAACAAGAAGGAAUGAUGAUAUGUUUAAAAAAAUUAUAAAACACAGCAUUAGAUCAGGGCUAUUUAUUGCAGUGCAAUUUUUUUAAUUUUUUUUUUAUUCAGAUACUUUUAAAUAUGACAUUUUGUGAAUUAAAGGGUUUAAGCUUG